AUGCAAAGUAUGGCACCGUAUUUUUUAACGUAUGUUUACUAAAAUUUUAACAUAUUUUCUAUUUUUGGCCAAAAUAUUGAAUUUUUAUGACAUUUUUUACUAAUUUCGGCAUUAAUGUAUGAUUUUAAGGUUAUCUUCAUCUGGCCAUGAAGUUCAUGUUCUAGACACAGCGAAUCCAACACCGAAAUACAAGUACAAAAAUGUUGUGAUGCACAAUAUUGUAGUUAAAGGUCAAAAUUCUGGUCGUGAUCCGCGUCAGACAUGGAAUGCUAUGAUCUCCGUGUCUAAGUUUAGAGAAGUUUUCGCGAAUUCAGAUGUCAAGUUUCAUGAACUGUUGGAUAGUGAAAGAGAAGCGGUAAGUAGGGUGGGUAGGGUAAAGUAGGCAAGUAUAGGGUAGGGAAAGGUAUAGUAGGGUAAAGUAAUGUACGGUAAGGGGUAGUAGAAUUGGGCGAUGUAAGGAAGAGUAAAAAUAUAAAAUUUUAGUUAGAAAAGCUAGUUAAUCAACCAUGGGAUCUUGUGGUAGCUGAUGACAUAUUCUCCGUUCAUGCUUGGGCUAUAGCAUUGAGGCUAAAGCAACGUGGUGUACCAUUCAUUCUCUACUCAACGUCAGGACAAGUAGCGUCAGCUACAACACAAACUAUGGCGUUAGGUAAUUUUUGAAUUGAAUUUUUUAGAAUUGAAGAAAAUAUAUUGUCUUAGAUCUAAAAGAUUUAAGAUGUAGUUUUAUAUGAUGGUAACAGGGACGUCGUUACGAAUUUUCUUACAUUUAUUAAAGUUUUUAAUGUAAAAAUUUGUUCAAUAUCAUAUUUUCAGGUAGGAAUCCAAUAAUAAAGCAGUUUAUGUUCCCCGACAUGCCGGUCGAUUCUGAUGGACAUUAUCAGCACGUUAACUUUUGGGAUCGUCUCGGGGCGUUUGUAAAAGUUUUCCAUGAAGUUGCUGGUUUUGAUUACAUUUGUAAGUUUUUUUACCUUAUUAUAUAUUUUCAAUUCAAUAUAUAUUAUUAUAGUUUCACUGAAAGGUUUUUUAUCUAAAGAAAAUUUUAAGUAUGCCACUUUCAGUGCAACACACUAUGAGUUCAUUUGAAAGAUUUGGUGUCUACGAUUUCUCUUGGCUGAAGCUGCAUAAAGAGUCAUCGUACAUCUUCACGGAUUCCAUGAACAAAUUGGGUUGGCCACAAACUGAAGGUCAAGAUUUGAUCAAUAUUGGCGGUGUGUGCAAAGAUUACGAGAUACUGGAAGAUGAAGAUUUAAAAAACUUUGUUGAGAAUUCCAAAAAAGGCGUCAUCUACAUUGCUUUCGGUAAUUACGCUGACUGGAAUCAUGCUCCAAAACGGAUUCUGGAUUCGUUUAGUGAGGCUAUGGUGAAAUUGGCUGAUUACAAUUUCGUAUUCAGUUUUAAUGGGAAUGUUAGUGCGAUGCCUCAAAUGGAACACAUAAAAUAUGUCAAAUGGGCGCCUCAGGCUGGGAUUCUAAAUCACAAGAAGACAAAGUUAUUCAUAAGUCAUGGGGGAUUGAAAAGGUAGGUUUCAAUUUUAGGCAUAGCACAUAAUUUAAGACUUAUCAGUAGAAACCUUAGGCUUAGACGCGCACAAUUUUAAGCUUAGCAAACAAUUUUUGACUUAAAACACGAUUGUAGGCCUAUUUUUUAAAGUUUAUUACAUUAUUUUUAGUUUGAAAGAGGGGAUCUGCUCAAAAACUCCUUUAGUUAUGAUGCCGAUCUCAGCCGAACAAGUACAUAAUGCUCAUAUGCUCCUAGCCUUAAAGUGGGGCGGAUUUGUCAACAAAUUCACAGUAACUGGUCCUAUUUUGUACCGUGAAAUUAUGAACGUAAGUGAAAAAUUUUUAAUGGUUUUUUUUUAUUUUUUCGGUUUUGGAAGGCAAGUUAUUGCUACUUUUUUUUAUUAUUUUUUUAUUUUAAAAUUUUAUUUGUUUUGUUCAGGUUAUUUUCAACUAUUUUCAUUAUUUUAGGUAAUAUCGAACAAGAAUUACCAGCAAAAAAUCGACGAAACUGCUGAUUUUCUCGUUGAUCUGCCAAUAUCAGCUCUAGAAUUGGCCAAGUUUCAUACUGAGCGGAUUCUUCGUGCUAAAAAUGGAAGAGUUUUGUUCAAACGAAAAGGAAUGGACUUGUACUGGUUUCAGUACCUUUAUCUCGAUCUUAUGAGUGUCAUAGGUUUCUUUACAUAUCUUGCUUUUAGGUUCUGUAAAUACGUCAUCAUUUCUAACAAAACGUGCUAA